AUGUCAAUGUCAGCAGCAAAAUCUCAGACAGUUUCGAAUCCAAGUACUAACUCAAUUCAAACAGGAAAAACAAAAGAUAAUGUUCCUACUCUUAAGAAUAAAGUCACAGAACUUGAACGUCAAAUCAAUGAUUAUAAAGUAAAACUAGAUGAAUUACGUCGUGCUAAAGCAACAACAGUUAUCAAACUCGAAAAAGAAUAUGUGAAUACAACUGGUGCAGGACUAAAUCGUGUUGAACAAAUAAGGUCAUGUGAAAAAUGUGAAGAAUUUGAACGAAUGAUUGAAAAUGAAAGAAAAUCAACUGCACAAUUGACGAAAAUGAUCGAACAAAAAGAUAAUAAUAAACAGCAACAGCAAUUACACCAAUCAUCAUCAACAACGAAUUCUAAUUCAUGUUUUAAAUGCUCAGAUUUAAAACAAUUAUUAGAAAUUGAAAAACAAAAUAAUCUUCAAAUAACAAAACAAUGGCAAAGUCAAAAGAAACAAAGAGAAGAAGAACGCCAUGCUAAAGAGAUAUUUGAAAAAAGUUUAGAAAUCAUUCAAUCAGAAUUAAUUGAAGAAAAUAAAUCAUCUAAAUUGUUACGUGAAGAAAAUAAACAAUAUAAAAAUAAAUUUGAAUUAAUGAAAAAAGAACAUGAUGAAAAAAUGGCUCAAUUAUGUCAACGAGAAGAAGAAACAAAAAAAGAAAUUGAGACAUGGGAACAAAUGUAUCAUGAAUGGAUGGCAACCAUGGAAAGAAGAGUUAAUAAUUUACAAGUUACUGAUCAAGAAUUUCAAACAUUGUUACAUAAUGAGAAUGAAAACAGUCAACAACUUCGUUCUAAUCGUUUUAACAAUCAACGCCAAUAA